GCUCAGCCCCCAAACCUACUAUAUUAAGUACCUAACACUCUGAGGCUUUUGUCUCCUCUGCCAACACUAUUCUCUGCAUUCCCAUCACAAAAUCUCCAUCUGUUGUCUAUUUCCAUUGCUCUCUUUUACUCUGUUCUUGUCUCUUUUAUCUCCCCAAUUCCAAGGCUUCGUUCCUGUCACGGUUUGGUAAGGCUGGUCACCUUCCUUCUGGCAGGAUUCUCUUGCCAGUCUCUCUUAGUACUGCCACUCCUGUCUAAAUGGAGGGUGAAAGAGAGAAUAAAACCACCCCGCUGGCUGCUAAAAACCCAACCAAAUCUAUUUCUUUUCUUCUACUCAUUUUCGAAGUCUCCAUGGUCCUUACUUCUUAGUCCUACCCACCUUCUAGGGCUUUUGUCUUGUUUUGUGUUCUUUUAUUAAUCACCCAGAUGAAGGCUAUCACGGCCAAGACUCCCCAUGACUCUUCUUUCUCUUUCUCCAGGAGGUACUUUCACUGGAAAAAGAAGCUCGAGGACGAGGAUGAUGAAGAAGAAAUUUUGAACUUAGGCUCAUCCUCUCAUUUUUGUGAGGAAGGGACCAAAGAUGAGGGCUUUAGAAUCCCCAUACCUGCAGCAACCACCUCAGUGCCGGCACCAAGGAAAAGAUUGUCAGUUUCUACGCUCCGGUCGGCUUUCACAGUUUUCAGCAAGAGCCGGUCACACUCUCACCCAGGCCUUGGCACCCGAGUGAUAGGUACGCUUUUCGGGUAUCGCAGAGGACACGUCCACAUUGCAUUUCAAGAGGCUGCAAGGCUGAGCCCGGCGUUUCUAAUAGAACUCGCAACGCCAACAAGCGUUUUAGUCCGAGAAAUGGCGUCGGGGCUGGUCCGCAUUGCCUUGGAGUGCGAAAAGAAAACGGACAAGAAAGGGAAGAAGUUACUGGAGGAGCCUCUUUGGAGGACAUACUGUAAUGGCAAGAAAUGUGGGUAUGCGAUGAGGAGGGAAUGCGGGCCAGAGGAGUGGAAGGUGUUAAAAGCGGUGGAGCCAAUUUCAAUGGGCGCUGGAGUUUUACCAGGGAAUGGAGGCGCUGGGUCCGAAGGCGAGCUCAUGUAUAUGAGAGCAAGGUACGAGCGAGUUGUGGGGUCUAGAGACUCGGAGGCCUUUUACAUGAUGAACCCCGACGGUGCUGGAGGUCCUGAACUGAGUGUUUAUUUGCUUAGAGUUUAGCUUUGUCCAUGGAGGACAUGUUCCACUUGUACUCACUUAUUAAGAUAUUAUAAAGAAGGAAAGGUUAAUUCUUGGUUUAUUUGGGUUUUUUUCUGGAUUUGGAAUGGGGUUUUAAACACAAGUAGUGAUGCUUCUUUAUUCCUACCUGGGCACGCAGGCCCCUAUUUCUAUGUACAGGUUCAUUUGUUUUUUGGUUUGGGUUGUGGAAAUUCGAUUCAAAUGCCAAUGCAAAAAUCAUCUUUGUUUUAUCCAAA